AACAAUACAAUGAAUGGAUGUCUGAUGAAGUGCAUGAAUUAACACUAGCUGGUAGAAUUAAAAAACCAGCAUAUAAUGGUACUGAAGAUGAUUAUAUUUUUGAUUAUGAUUUAUUAAAAGAUAAUGUUGAAAAUGAACCUGUUAAAGAAGAAAUCUUAAUUGACGAAAAUAUGUAUAGCAAUGAUAUAGAAAAUUAUGAAAAUUCAUGGAAUUAA